CAGUCACCGUAGCAGUUCCACUCCCCUCCUCCUCAACGGUAGUUCCCAAUUCCCAACCCCACAGAACUCAGGCAUCCUUCCCCCCAGGCCCUAGCCCCUGUUGCAUUGUACUCACCUGAAUGCUUAGUACUGUGCUCUGCACACAGCAAGCACUCACUAAGUAUCACUGAUUGAUUCCUCCACUUGCCUCCUGAUCCUACCAGUUCCUGCAGCUGACGAUGCCAACCCUACUGCUGUUCCUGCCCCUUCUGCUCCUAGGGAUGACAGUCGCCGGGAGUCAGGGGACAGGUUCAUUCAGGAAUUUGGUGGGCAUCUUAGGGGGUCAUGAUGCCAAGGAAGCUAAAUGGCCAUGGCAGGUGAGCUUGAGAUUUCAAGGACGACACAUCUGCGGCGGCUCCCUCAUCCACAGGCGCUGGGUGCUGACAGCUGCCCACUGUUUAGAAGACCCCAAGGACCCGGUCCACUAUCAGAUUCAAGCAGGGGAACUGAGACUCUACACAGCCCAUCCUUCUGAGCUGAUUCAAGUGAAAAAAAUCAUCAUCCCUGAAGACUACGAACACCCCUCGGGAGUUAGCGAUAUCGCACUGGUGCAACUGAAAAAAAGAGUGAAUCGCUCCCACCUCAUCCAAACCAUCAACCUCCCUCCAGCCGGGCUGCAGGUCCAAGUGAACACCUCCUGCUGGGUGACGGGCUGGGGGAACAUCGGGAAUAGUGAAGCACUGCCACCUCCCUACCCACUGCAGGAGUUGAAGAUUUCCUUAAGUGACUUUGAGAAGUGCUCAAUUAACUACAAAUACAUAGGGUUUGAAAUCAUAGAAGGUGUGAUGAUCUGUGCCGGCUCCGAGGAGGAACUGAAGGAUUCUUGUCAGGGUGACUCCGGAGGCCCCCUAGUCUGCAAAAUGGGCAAAAACUGGAUUCAGAUUGGGGUGGUGAGCUGGGGAAUGAUUUGUGGUGUGCCCGAUUUCCCAGGAAUUUAUACUAACGUAUCCUAUUACCAAGAAUGGAUAAAGCAGAACAUCUGGGGACGCUGAAGAGGUUUCCUCCCUCUGGCUCGGUACCAGCACAUCCUCACUGCUCUGCUGCUUCAUUGUUUCCUGAGGACUGCAAGACCCAACCUGACCCCUCCUCCUGCUCCUGUGUGACCUUCCUCCAGCCUCCAAACCCUUCCUCCUCUAACCUCAGCUCCUUAUGCUGCCCAGACCUGGGCCUUUCCUUUCCUCCCAGUGCCUCCUUUACAAUUCCUCUUCUCUGAGCCCUCCUCUCCCUCCCACGAAGCCUCCUCAGGGCAGCCUCUUCUGGAGUUACACAGGCAUAUCUCCUAGGCCGCCAGAGCCAGUGUAAGCUCCUGGAGGGCACGGAUCUUUUCUUCUAACCAUGUUGUAUACUCACUGCUUAGUGCAGUGCUCUGCACAUAGUAGGUGCUCAAUAAAUGCUGUUGAUGAUGACGAUGAA